AUGGCCUGUCGAAUAACGCGCUGCUGCGGCUGCCUGGGCCUUCGCCAGGGGUCUCUGGCCAUCGCCAUCACCCUGCUUGUGCUGACCACCUUAGAGCUGAUAGGAUUCAUCGUGGUGCUGUCACUGGGCGAAGACGCGUUUCGUGACAUUGUUGAUCCUGAGCAGCGGAUGCAGGUCGUCACCGUUGUGCGCAUCGUGAGCAGUAUUGGUCUCGUGCUGUCGCUGGCGUCGCUGGCUCUGCACGUCACGCUGGUGUACGGGGUGCGCCAGGAACGACACAGAUUGAUCCUACCCUGGCUCAUAGGCAUCGGCAUCAUUCUCGGCCUGAGCUCUCUCGCUCAGGUCCUUGAUUUCAUCGACGCGGCCGUCGUCGGCGAGAAAUGGACCAUCGUCGUCGCUACUCUUCUGCUGGGCUUGUACGGCGUCGCGUGGUACUGGUUCGCCGUGGUGCUCACCCACUACCAGACACUGAAGGCGGCGCACCAACAGUUCAGCUCCCAUCGCUUGGAAACUGAAGAGAGCCCCAUGGCGUAG